AUGAGGCGAAACUCCACCAGUCUCCAUGGAGCCAUUCAGUCCCCAAUAAAUCAGCUACGGUUGGUGCUGCUGGGCAGAACAGGUUCAGGUAAAAGUGCCACUGGAAACACCAUCUUGGGUAAAAAAUGCUUCACAUCUCAACUGAGCAUGGACUCCGUGACAAACCAAUGCCAGAAGGAAUCUGGAGUGGUUCAGGGGCGGAGCCUGGUGCUGAUUGACACUCCUGGCUGGUUUGACACCUCCCUCCAGCAAAGUAAGGUAACAGAAGAAGUGCCAAGGUAUCUGACCAUGUGUUCACCUGGACCACAUGCCUUUCUGCUCAUCAUACCAAUCGCUCGCUUCACAGAGGAGCAGCAGAAGACUUUAGAUAUGAUUGAGGCAGUUUUUGAGGAGAACAUCAGUGACCACACAAUCAUCAUAUUUACCCAUAAAGAUGAGCUGAAAGGAAAGACAAUUGAGCAGUUUAUAUCCGAACAGGGCCAAAGAAUCCAGGAUGUCGUUAAACGAUUCAGUGGCCGUUUCUUGGCUUUCAGCAACAAGAACCUGGAGAACCGGGACCAGGUGGAACGGCUCCUGAAGAAGCUGGAUGAGAUGCUGGAACACAACAACUAUGGUCACUUCACCAACCAGAAAAAGUUUCAUCCAGAGAUGAAGCAAGACUCCACCAGUCUCCAUGGAGCCGUUCAGUCCCCAGGAACUCAGCUACGGUUGGUGCUGCUGGGCAGAACAGGUUCAGGUAAAAGUGCCACUGGAAACACCAUCUUGGGUAAAAAAUGCUUCCCAUCUCAACCGAGCAUGCACUCAGUGACAAACCAAUGCCAGAAGGAAUCUGGAGUGGUUCAGGGGCGGAGCCUGGUGCUGAUUGACACUCCUGGCUGGUUUGACAUCUCCCUCCAGCAAAGUAAGGUAACAGAAGAAGUGCCAAGAUAUCUGGCCAUGUGUUCACCUGGACCACAUGCAUUUCUGCUCAUCAUACCAAUCGCUCAAUUCACAGAGGAGCAGCAGAAGACUUUAGAUAUGAUUGAGGAAGCUUUCAAAAAGAACAUCAGUGACCACACGAUCAUCAUAUUUACCCAUGAAGACGACCUGGAAGGAAAGACAAUUGAGCAGUUUAUAUCCGAACAGGGCCAAGGAAUCCAGGAUGUCAUUAAACGAUUCGGUGGCCGUUUCGUGGCUUUCAACAACAAGAACCCGGAGAACCAGGACCAGGUGGAACAGCUCCUGAAGAAGCUGGAUGAGGUGCUGGAACACAACAACUAUGGUCACUUCACCAACCAGAAAACAGAGGUUGUAGAGAAAGGACCGGCAAUAUUGGAACAGAAAAAGCAAGAAAAACUAAAUGCAUCAAUUCAGAAGGUCAAGCAGGAAGUAAAACAGAUGGCUGAACGUCGCAAGGCUGAUAUCAUGAAAACCUUGGAGAUAGAGAAGCAGGAGAUAGAAAGACGCAGGCGUCAAAUGCAGGAAGAAAUCGACCAUUUAACAGCAGAAAUUCACAAAAACCAUGAAAAACCUUAUGGAGGAGAGCUGCAGUUGCUGCAGGAAUCUCUAAAGAAUGCAGAAAACAGCCUCAGAAAGCUGGAGAAAGAGAUGGAAUUAAAGAUAAAAGAAAGUGAAAAAAACAAAAGUGACAUCGAAAAAUGGAGCAAGGAAGAAGAGCAGAGAAGAGAACAAGAAGAGAGAGAAAAAGCUUCAAAUGAAGAUGAACGCAGACGGUAUUACAAUGAAAAAUAUUUCACUAUUCUGAAGUACCUCGUCAUUUUUUUGGGAGGCGCUGGAGCUGGAUUAGCAUUGGGACGUGUACUUUUUUCCACCACUGCAGCACCUGUGGGACCGGCGACAGCACCUGUGGGACCGGCGACAGAGUUACCUGCACUGCUCAAACCAGAGCCUGCAGCUACCACAUUAGAAGCACCUACAAAAAGAGCUAUUUUAACGUGUGUAAAAGCAAAGGUAGCUACUUGGGUGAAUGACCGUUGUUCCAUUCAGUAACACAGAAGUCAAAGCAUAUAUCUGUCUGAUCAUGUAAGUUUGGAAAAUUCAGUAAUGUUGCCGUCCUCCAGUCCAGAAGUGUAAAACAGGCACAGAAAAUAAAUCUAAAAUAUUCUCAAUAUGCCUUGUGAAGCAAAACCAAAUUGCAAGAUAUUAACAAAGCUUGUAUCUGUUUUUCGACUCAAGAGCAAAAUAGACCAAUAAAUUGAUCAGUAAUUUUCCAAUAACAAGCUACCAAUUUUACAUAUCAUCAUAUCAGAGUCCAUUUCCUCAUUAAAUCCACAUAUUCGUCCAAUAUAAUCCCAAUUAAAUCCUUUCCAGUUCCAGUUUGUAACACUACAAAAUGUGGAAAAGUUCAAGGGGGUGAAUAUUUAUGCAAGACACUGCAUGGUAAAACCGCAAUUUGGAUGUGAAUAUGGUAAUAGUAAUGAAUUGUCCAUUUGUUUUGUAAGUGAAAUAUAUUCAAUCUGGCUCAUUUGACAUCGGACUAAGUGUAUUGUGGCCUGUUACCCCUGAGUUUCACUCCGCUGCUCUAAUCUGUGUGAUGGAAUUAGGUCGUAUCAGAUGCUUGUAGUGUGCAGGAAAAAUAAGAAAUAUGUUUUUGAUCUUAUUGAAAAUUAUCGACUGUGAUAGCAAUAAAAUUAAGAUAAAUUUUAAAAACACAACUUCUUUAAAGACAUGUUUCAGCAUACCUCAUGCUGUCUUCAGUUUAAUAAGGAAUGACUAGUCUUACAUCACAUGGCAAUAUAUACACCAUGAACCAAUCAACCAACUACAACACCAAUUAAAAAAUUAAGAUAAAGCAUAGGAUUCCUCAGGAAACUAAAGAUGGCAUAGGAUAUGCCAAAACAUGUCUUUAAAAAGUUGUUUUGUGUUUGUUAAAUUUUAUUACAAUCAUAAUCUCUUUUAUUAUUCAUUUUUGCAUCUACUAAUCAUAGUCGGUGUAGGGCUUGCAUUCUUUGCCAUCUAGUACAAAGCAAUUCUGUCUUUGGGUUUUUCAAUGAUGCAAUAAUUUCAAAACAUUUUACUGCAAACAAAAAAAUCAAUAUAGGAAGUAGAACUGUAAAUCUAAAUAUUUCUAUGUUAAUACACAUUCCUUGUAUGUACACAUUCCAUUAAUCAGAUUUAUAAGUUUGCAUGCAACAAAGUACGUAUGGGGUUAGUAGACUAU